AGGUGGCCAAGCUCUGCCCUCAAGACAGGCUUCUUUCUCCUGCUCGACUGCGUGGCCUGCAGGCGCCUUUGGGACUCUCGGGGCGCUAGAAGCGCGUCUCCCUCCGGCGGGCCGGGGGUGGUGGUGAGGCUCGUUCGCUCAAAUCCCGUCGCCGCUGCUUGGAGGCGGGCCUGGGCUUGGCGCCUAGUGGGUCGGAGGUUAGACUUUGACCUGCCCGGAGCGCGGCGUGGAAAAGGAAGGAAGAAAAACAAGAAGGGCAGCGGCGGCGACUGGGGCGACAUGGCUGCGCUGAAGGUCUCUCGGGUGAUACAAGGCAUUGCUUCAUUUGGCUGGAGGGCACAAUCAAGCCAUGCUCCUGCAGCAGCAUCAAAAAGCAAAUUUGCGGCGGGAUUUAACUUUGAGCUUACUGAUGAACAGAAAGAAUUUCAAGCUACAGCUCGUAAAUUUGCUAGAGAGGAGAUCUUGCCUGUUGCUGCUGAGUAUGACAGAAGUGGAGAGUAUCCUGUUCCCCUCAUAAAAAGGGCAUGGGAGCUUGGCUUAAUGAAUACCCAUAUACCAGAAAGCUGUGGCGGCCUUGCCCUUGCUACUUUUGAUUCCUGCCUUAUUACUGAAGAAUUAGCUUAUGCAUGUACAGGGGUGCAAACUGCUAUUGAGGCAAAUUCCUUGGGUCAAAUGCCAGUUAUCAUAGCUGGGAAUGAGCAGCAGCAGAAGAAGUAUCUGGGAAGAAUGACAGAGGCUCCCCUUAUGUGUGCAUAUUGUGUAACUGAACCUGGAGCAGGUUCUGACGUAGCAGGCAUUCAAACAAGAGCUGAAAAGAAAGGAGAUGAAUAUAUAAUUAAUGGACAAAAAAUGUGGAUCACCAAUGGUGGCAAGGCAAACUGGUAUUUUUUAUUGGCACGUUCCAAUAGUGAUCCCAAGGCUCCCCCAAGUAAAGCUUUUACUGGAUUUAUUGUGGAAGCAGACAGCCCUGGAAUACAAAUUGGGAGAAAGGAGCUUAACAUGGGUCAGCGUUGCUCAGAUACAAGAGGAAUUGUUUUUGAGGAUGUCAGAGUACCUAAAGAGAAUGUGCUACUGGGUGAGGGAGCUGGCUUUAAAAUAGCCAUGGGAGCAUUUGAUAAAACAAGGCCGCCAGUUGCAGCUGGUGCUGUAGGCCUAGCUCAGAGGGCUCUGGAUGAAGCUACAAAGUAUGCUCUGGAAAGAAAAACCUUUGGAAGACCAAUUGUAGAGCACCAAGCAAUAUCCUUCUUGUUGGCUGAAAUGGCAAUGAAAGUUGAACUUGCUCGCCUGUCUUACCAAAGGGCAGCAUGGGAGAUAGAUAUGGGCCGUAGAAACACCUAUUAUGCAUCUAUAGCAAAAGCAUAUGCGGGAGACAUUGCAAAUCAAGUAGCUACUGAUGCUGUGCAGAUCUUUGGAGGAAAUGGAUUCAACAGUGAAUACCCUGUAGAAAAGCUAAUGAGAGAUGCCAAGAUAUACCAGAUUUAUGAAGGAACAGCUCAGAUUCAAAGACUUAUUAUAGGUCGUGAACAUAUUGGCAAGUUCAGUGUUUGAGAAAAUACUGAAACCAAGAGAGGUUUUAAAUUCCUGAUAUGUACUAACUUGAUUCCACAAAUAUAUGUAUGUAUCCGUCCACUCUUGUAAGUUGUGAAACAAAUAAUUAUACUUCCAUUUUUUCUUUGGUAUAUGAAAAAUAAUUAUUUUAAAAUUCUGGCCACUUAAUGUUUUGAGUUCUUAGCAAGUCCCUAAACACAAAAUUAUUGCUAAAAUGCAAUACUGUGCAGCUUAGUAACAUGUGAUGCUACAGAGAAGUGUACUUUACAAUUGCUCAAUAGCAAGAGUGCCUGGCAAUUGACAAUCAAGUUAUGUCACUGAGAUGUACUGCAUCUGACAUUAUCGGUGGCAGUUUGGGGUGCCAUGUAUUUAAUUGACAAAUAAUAGUAAAGGUCACAUAAGAUGGCUUCUGUGGAGUAAGACAGUUCUGAGCUGACUGUCAUACCACUGGCACGGACUUGUAUCAGCAUGCCUGUAUUUUAGUAUGGCAACUACAUUUUGCAUAGCAGGUAAACCUUGAAAUGGUUACAUCAGCUUUAUUACUCAUGGCUGAAAUCCAAACUGGAGAUUCUGUGAACAGAUAGGCUUCUUCCAUUUUCAAAAAAGCCACAAGGUGCCUUUUUAAUUUUUUUGUUGUUCAAUUGAACACAAAAAAACAAAGUAAACCCUUGUUCAAUGGAUCUUAUAUCUUACUUUGAAACUGGUGCCUGUUUGAAUCCAUGCUAGUACUUUUGAAACAGUGGCUCAGAAAAAGGCAUGCACUCGGUUACCUCUAUGUCAACUUACCUGAAAUACCUGUAACCUUUAAAUCAACUUACCUGUGACUAUGAAUAUUAGCAGUUUCACAAGCAGUUUUAUGUGUUACAAUGUAAAAGAAGAGCUGUGAUUCCUAUUUUGAACUUUGGGUAUAUAUAACUGAUUAUUGCAGUGCCUUUGCGUUUAGUUAUACCAACGUUAUUAAAGAAGUGUUUUGUAAUUGCCAACAUUAAUUAAAACGGCCAUACAAUGCAAUAUUUUUGCUAAUAGUAUUUAUAAACUUAUCCUGAUAUUUACAUGUGUAGUACUUAAAUUAAAAACAAAUGUCUGAAAUCAGAA